CACCCUCUAUAUAAGAUGCGCCCUGCGGGUUUCGGCUUAUGACGCGCCAGCAUUUAUCUUGCAAACAUAGCAAGUCUGACAGCACAACUCGUCAUUUAAAAAAUGGAUUUUUCUCCUGCUGUCUCGUCUCCCAGGCUGCUUCUGCGGCGCUUCAUCAGCACCAUCUACUGCAUUUUUGAGAUCGCCUUUUCAAAACUCACUUACUGGACAACAGGAGCCUGCAAGGGAACAAACUCAUUCGUUGCUGGUGAUAAACUGGACCAAAACAAAGACCAAAAUCCAAUGAUCCCAACGAGCGUCAACUACCACUUUACGCGCAAAUGUAAUUAUAGAUGUGGAUUUUGUUUCCACACUGCAAAAACGUCCUUCGUCCUGCCCCUGGAGGAAGCUAAGACGGGGCUUAAACUUCUAAAGGAAUCAGGGAUGGAAAAGAUCAACUUCUCUGGCGGAGAGCCCUUCCUGCAUAAUAAGGGAGAGUUUGUGGGGAAAUUGGUCCAGUACUGCAAACAGGACCUUCAGCUCCCAAGUGUCAGCAUUGUCAGCAAUGGAAGCAUGAUCAAAGAAGAAUGGUUCCAGAAAUAUGGUAUCUAUCUGGACAUUCUAGCUAUCUCCUGUGACAGCUUUGAUGAAGCAACCAACCAGCUGAUUGGCAGAACUCAAGGCAGGAAGAGCCACCUUGACAACCUCUUCAAGAUCUGCAGCUGGUGCAAGGAGUAUAAAGUGGCACUGAAAAUCAACUCCGUCAUCAACAUCUUCAACUAUGACGAAGACAUGACACAGCAAAUCAAUUUGAUUAAUCCUGUCCGCUGGAAGGUCUUUCAGUGCCUGCUGAUUGACGGGGAAAACGCAGGCGAGACAGCCCUGAGAGAGGCAGAGAGGUUUGUCAUCAGUGAUCAGCAGUUUCAGGAGUUUCUGGACAGACACAGCAGCGUCUCUUGCCUUGUUCCUGAGUCUAAUGAGAAGAUGAGGAACUCCUAUCUGAUCCUGGAUGAAUAUAUGCGUUUCCUGGACUGUCGAGGGGGACGGAAGGAUCCUUCCAAAUCCAUCCUUGAUGUUGGAGUAAAGGAGGCGAUUCGCUUCAGCGGCUUCGAUGAAAAGAUGUUUCUAAAAAGAGGGGGAAAGUAUGUGUGGAGCAAAGCUGAUAUGAAGCUAGAGUGGUAAAAUGAUUCUUCAGCUUGUGUUUGAUGCUCCUUUGCUAAGUGUUUGCAUUGAUAUGCUCUACAGUAUGAUCAUUUUGCACUAGGAAUGUAAAUAUUCAGAUAUAUCUAGGCGUGUGUGUGUGUUCUGGAGGGGGGGGGGGGGUUAU